AUGGGAGAGAAGCAGAUCUUGUGCGUGGGGUUAGUGGUGCUGGACAUCAUCAAUGUGGUGGACAGGUACCCGGAGGAGGACGCCGACACCAGGUGCCUGUCGCAGAGAUGGCAGCGCGGAGGCAACGCUUCUAACUCCUGCACUGUUCUCUCCUUGCUGGGAGCCCCCUGUGCCUUCAUGGGCUCACUGGCCGCUGGCCACGUUGCUGAUUUUCUCCUGGAUGAUCUCCGCCGCUAUUCCGUGGACCUACGCUACACGGUCUUUCAGACCAUGGGCUCUGUCCCCAUCUCCACGGUCAUCAUCAACGAGGCCAGUGGCAGCCGCACCAUCCUUCAUGCCUACAGCUUCCUGGUGGCUGACUUCAGGCGGCGGGGCGUGGACGUGUCUCAGGUGGCCUGGCAGAGCAGUGGGGAGACCCCUUGCUCCUGUUGCAUCGUCAACAACUCCAAUGGCUCCCGUACCAUUGUACUCUACGACACGAACCUGCCAGAUGUGUCUGCUAAAGACUUUGAGAAGGUUGAUUUGACUCAGUUCAAGUGGAUCCACAUUGAGGGCCGGAAUGCAUCAGAGCAGGUGAAGAUGUUGCAGCGGAUAGAGAAGCACAAUGCCAGGCAGCCUCCAGAGCAGAAGAUCUGGGUGUCCGUGGAGGUGGAGAAGCCCCGAGAGGAGAUAUUUCAGCUGUUUGGCUUCGGAGAUGUGGUGUUUGUCAGCAAAGAUGUGGCCAAGCACUUGGGGUUCCAGUCAGCAGAGGAAGCGCUCAAGGGCUUGUACAGCCGUGUGAGGAAAGGGGGUAUGCUCAUCUGUGCUUGGGCUGAGAAGGGCGCUGAUGCCCUGGGCCCUGACGGACGGCUGAUCCACUCGGAUGCUUUCCCUCCACCCCGGGUGGUGGAUACGCUGGGAGCUGGAGACACCUUCAAUGCCUCUGUCAUCUUCAGCCUGUCCCAAGGGAAGAGCAUUCAGGAGGCCUUGAGGUUUGGCUGCCAGGUGGCUGGCAAGAAGUGUGGUCUGCAGGGCUUUGAUGGCAUCGCGUGA